AUGGAAGGGAACAAUGAUAGUGUAGAUGUAACAGGUGAUAAUCGAAUUUCCAAAUUGCCAAAGCCAAUUUUGCAUCACAUCCUGUCUUUCAUUAGCUCUAAUGAUGCAGCACGAAUGAGUACAGUGUCCAAGGUUUGUGCUAGUGCCUGGAAUUCACUCCCCUACUUAAAUUUUGGUUAUAUUCACUAUGGAUCACAACAUAUGCAUGAUGUUAUAGAUCAAAUUCUAGCAAAUAGGAAAAAGAACAAUAUUCCCAUGCAAAACUUCUCUUUGUGGUUAGGUUAUUAUCACCCUCGUCUUUCUUUUGUUGACAACUGGAUUAAGAUACUCGUAGCUUGUAAUAUCAAACAGUUAAAUCUAAGAGAAAAGCCUGAUAAUGUAUACUACAGUUUGCCUGAGACAAUAUUUUCUGCCAAAUCACUAACUGUGCUGAGUCUGGAAGGAUUUAAGAUUGAACUGCCUGCUGAUGAGCAUCUGUCUUUGCGGUAUUUUAACGGACUCACCAGCUUUCAGGUUGGUGAAACUUUACCUAAACUGAAAAAGGUUAACUUGGUAAACCUGGCAAACCAGGAAAACCUGGGAUAUGACCAUUCUGUACUCCAAUUGAUUGAUAUUGCAGCAAUUAAUGUCGAAGACCUUAGCAUCAACAACCACUCCCAUGGGAAUAUAAAUGCUGUUAGAGUAACUGAUUGCAAAACCCUCAAGAGUUUCUACCUCAAUUGUGUGGACAUCACGGACAAUUGGUUAGAGGAACUAUUUUACAGCCUACAAAAUCUUGAAAAGUUUGAUUUAACUUAA